CCAGUUCAGUUGCGCUAAACUUUUCUACAUGGUAUCGGAGCCUAAACCCUAGGCCUCUCACGCGUCCCUGUUCUCCGACGUUUUCUACGGCCAAACCCUAGGCCGGCGUCGUGUGUUUCUUGCUCUCUUCUCCGGCGAAGAAGCUGUUCGGUCGCUGGCCAGAAUCGUGCACCAGCACCACCGCAUAUUGCUUUGAGUUCUUGGAAUGGCUUCGACUACCAAGAAAACACGUUUGAUCCACGAUUUAUCGUCAGAAUAUUAUCUCCAUCCGUCUGAGGGUCCAGGUAAUACUUUGACAAAGCAUGUGUUAAAGGGUGAAAAUAUUGAUACUUGGGAGAAAACUAUUGUCAAUGCACUAAAGGGACGUAGUAAGGCGGGGUUUUUGUCUCCUACGGGAAUGCCUAAACCUACUGAUCCUGCGGAAUUGGAAGCGUGGGAAGCAAACAAUUCCACAAUUUGCAGUUGGAUUUUUAAUAGUGUUGAUGAAAUUAUACAGCCUAGUAUUGCUUCUCAUACCGUGGUUCACGAGUUAUGGUUAGAUUUGAAAACUCGUUAUAGUACCAUAAAUGAGCCUCGGAUUUAUCAAUUGGAGAAUGAGUUGCAGAAUCUUAGGCAAAAGGGUCAAACGGUGGUUGUGUAUUACAAUCAGUUUGUCACUUUAUGGAAUAAAUUAUACGGGAUUGAGGAUCCCACGUGUGGUUGUGCAUGCCUAGCUGCUGCGAAAUUGAGAGCAAAUGCUGAGAAGGCAAAAACAAGAAAGUUUUUGUUGGGGCUUGAUGAUGAGCAGUUUGGUACUCUUCGAGGUCAAAUCUUGGGUACUCAACCGCUCGCAGAUUUGAACAAAGCCUUUUAUCUCAUCUCCCAGGAGGAGCGUCACCGUAGCGUUGUACGUGCUCGGGACGACCAUACCGAUGCUAUGGCGUUUGCUGCUCCACGUACCGGGUCCAAUCCCUACCAGUGCACUAAUUGCGGGAAACAAGGCCAUACAGCAGAUCGUUGUUACUUGAUUAUUGGGUUUCCAUCUUCGGUCCGAGGACGUGGUCGAACUUCAUCAACCCGAGGGGGAGGACGCAGCAAUCGUGGUGGCCGAGCAUCUGCCCAGUCGCCACUCUCUACUGCCGGGCAGUCCGGCAACCCAGCUCCCUUGGCAGGCACGUCCACAGCUAAUGCCGUGACUGACGUGCACAACUCUCUCUCCUCUAUGUCUCCGGAUCAGGUUGCACGUCUAUUCUCUAUGCUGGAUUCCACUCCUUCGUCAUCUGAUAAACUACAAGAGCUCCCUGGUGACUCUUUUGAUGGAAAAGUCUUUCCUUUCUUUUGAUGGAAAAGUCUUUCCUUUCUCUACAUUAUGAAUUGAGAUUAAAUUUAUGUGGAUGUUCGACGUCUUAGAUAUGCUUACUUAGCUUCACCGCUGAGCGUGUAGUGUAUUUUAUUUGCUACACGCAGGUAGGCAGAAUGAGUGAUUCGCAUGUUCCUGGCAGCGGAAGGGGCAAGAUGGUCGUGGUGAAUUUAUGACUAAAAUGAACAAAUUAUGUUGUUAUGAGACAUGGUUUAAAUUGCUUCCUCAUUAUGGUUAAACACUCCGUAUUUUGUCACAGUGAUGUAUUGAAUAUUAUUUUAUGAUGAAUAAAGAUAUUGAAAUGUU